AAACUUGAUUGCCGUAUCAUGUUGACGGUUUCUGCUUCAAACAUUUAAAUUCAUACUUCUGUGCUUGUCAGCCAAGCACUGUAACCACCAGUGUCUGGUGGUGGUACAGAGGACUAACGCUUUGCUAAACAGGUUCUUUUCCUGGAAUAUGGAAGAUGAAUGCACAGCUGAAGAGCUUGGUUCAGGUGACAAAUGGAGAUAAUUAUAUGUUGCUGAAUGAGAGUCUGAUCUGAGAAUUCUUUACACAUCAGGAAAACAAAUAUUUUCAUUGUGAUAGUCUGCAAAGAUAAGGGCAAUAGUGGGUCUCAGUUUGAUUACCAUUUUUGAGUCUUCAGUAUAUUAUUGCUGUUCUUGGCUAAGCUGGAUGCAGUAAACGAGAUUUUCACUUCUGACUGAUCUGUGGUAAAUGGAUGCCCUGAGUUCUUGUGUAAAAGAGACAGCAGUGAUGGUAGGUGUGAACGAUACUUUACAACUUGGCUCAACCUCAGAGCUUGAAAAAACCUGCCCACCAGUUGAGUCUGAGACUUUUUCACUUACUUCCAUCAAUGUACAAAACAAGAAUGACAAUGAGUCUGUAAAUACUCAGGAAAAUACCACAUCACCCUCUUCCUCUGAGGGCUCCUCUUGUAAUGUUUUGCAGCUUGGAUUAAAUUCAGAACCUAUAAAAGCUACCCAGCCAGCCAAGACUGAGACUUGUCUUUAUACUCCCAUCACUGUACAAACAAAGAAUGAGGUUAUAAAGACACAGGAAUGCAGAGAUUCAAUACCAUCAUCUGGGAACGGCUCCUGUAAUGCUUCACAGUGUAGCCCAACUUCAGAGCCUCAAAAAACCUCCCCACCUGCUGAGGCUUGUUCUCUUACUCCUGUACUUGUACAGACCACAGAUGGAUUUAGAAGCAUAAAGGAAUACAGAGAUUCAGGCUUUUCUUUUGAGAACGAUUCUUCUGACAGUGACUUGGAUUCCUCUACUACCUCUUCUUCAUCAUCUUCCUCCACAGUACUUUUAGUUGAUGGUGAAAAUGCAGAGUGUCUGGACAUACAUCUAGAUGAUGUCAAUGAAAAUGAGGACAGUGUUCUGGAUAUGCACCAAAAUUUGGAUGAGAAGACGCCAGUAGGGAAUUCUAAUGAAAAUGAUGGUGGUCGUGAUGGUGGUGGUGAUGAUGACGAUGAUGAUGACGAUGAUCUCAUUCUGAUUCCGGAUUUUGAUGAGCCACAGUAUGACAAGAAGUCUGAUUGCCAAAAACUUAAAACAAAGGAUGAAGUACUACUGGAAGAGUUGCCUGCAGUUGAAGAUCUGUUUAUUUCUGUGCCAGAAGACGUUGAAUUAAAACCCAUUGGUGUAGUUAGCAGUAUUCUCAGUCAGCUAGUAAUCGUUGAGUCUGUCGAAAACACCCCAGCAUUAAAUGAAGACAGUAUCAUUUUUAGAGAAGAUCGCCAUGCUGUUGGAAAGGUGUUUGAAAUAUUUGGACCAGUUCGUCAUCCAUACUAUGUUAUUCGCUUUAAUGAUGAGUCCCAUAUUCAGUCCAAGGGAUUACAAACAAGAGAAACGAUGUAUUUCGCCCCGGCUGUGAAAGAUUUUACACAGUACAUAUUUGCAGAAAAAUUAAAAGAGAGAGGUUCUGAUGCAUCUUGGAAAAAUGACCAAGAACCCCCUCCUGAGGCUUUAGAUUACAGCGAUGAUGAAAAAGAAAAAGAGGCCAAGCAAAAAAAGAAGAAGAAACCGAGCAAGAAAAACCGAGAGAUGGACCAGGUUAACCUGGAUAAGUCAGGUGGAUGUGGUAGAAAGCGGGGGCAUUUCCAAAAUGCACCAAGGAAUGUCUUUUCAGGAAGAUUUCAAAGCACGAGGUCUGACUUUCCAUUUUCAGAGCAAAGAUUUUUUCAUCCAUCACACAGAAAUUUUAGAACUCCACAAUGUCCUUCAUUCUCUGCAGAUCACUCAAAAACAUUGCCUCAAAGAUUUGGCCCACCUGGUGGUAGUUUGCCUGUUGGUGUGCUAAAGUCUUGGCCUCCUACGGACAACUGUCAGAAUAAUUCAGGACUGAUGAUGAAUCCUCCAGUGUUUUCUCCUAAUAGGACCAGCUUUCAAAAUAACUCUGGAAUGCAAUUUAGUCCUCCAGGACUCUGCUCUCCAAGUAAUAGCAACUGCCAAAAUAACUCAGGAUUGCCAAUGAAUACUUCAGUGUUUUCUCCUCAUAGCACCAGCUUUCAAAAUAACCAUGGAAUGCAAGCUAUUCCUCCAGGAUUUUGCCUUCCUAGUAAGGAUAGCUAUCAAAUCAACUCAGGAUUGCCAAUGAGUCCUCCAAUGUUUCCUCCUCAUGGCAUCAGCUUUCAGAAUAACCCUGGAGUGCAAGCUAGUCCACCUGGAUUUUGCCCUCUUAAGGACAAUUGCCAAAAUAACUCAAGAUUUCCGAUGAAUCCUCCAGUGUUUGCUCCUCACAACAGCAGUUUUCAAAGUAAUUUUGGAAUGCAAGUCAGUCCUCUGGGAUUAUGCCCUCCUAGUAAUGAUGGCUGUCAAAAUAAUGCAGGAUUUCCUAUGAAUCCUCCAGUGUUUCAUCCUCCUAGUACUAGCUUUCAAAAUGACUCUGGAAUGCAAGUUAGUCCUUCAAGGUUCUACCCUCCUAGUAACAUGGCAGCUCCAAAUCCUAAUGUUUUUACAAACCCUGUAAAUCCCAGUAACAUUUGUUCUUCAUUGCCGUCUGGCUCUAACCAGAUAUUUCCCUUUCCUCCUGCUUCUACUCCACCACCUGCUUUUCCUCCUCCUGCUUUUAUGCAGCCAUUUGCAGGGACUGUGAAUUGGUCUGGAUCUAACAUAUGCCAGCAGCCGUACACACAGAAUUCAACAUUCCUUCAACCACCUCCCAAUCCUCCUUUUUCUUCUCCAUCUGACCCUUCGCUGCCAAAUUUUGGAUCUGAUUCUGAUUGGAGAAAUCCCCCUUGUGGACCUUGCUAGGUUCAUUAUUGUUGUUAUCUUAUAAUCUACAUACUUGUGUACAGUAUAAAACUGAGAAUGUAUAGCUUCUAUUGCUUGUCUGUUAGUAAGCUAAAUGUUUCAUUUCUAAUUAAUAAACUGGACCUUUGAUUGCU